AUGAACGCAAAAAUGGGCAAGUCGAGACCAUCUAUACAGAUGUCGGAGAAUGCCGGCUAUCCGUCGAUCCAGAAUAAGGGAGAAGUAAAUGUGCACGCAAACGCCCAUGUACAAACACUCCAAGCCCACGCACGCACAAUCUCAGUGGAUGAUAACAUGAUACGCCUACACAAUGAGAGAGUUAGGAACGGAGAUACUGAUGAUGGGCAGGAUAACUAA